AUGUCUGUGGCUCGUUCUCGCAGAUCAGCAGCUUUCUGCAGCAGCCAGGAGAGGAAGCUUUUCCCUCUCCACCAUGCUCCGGACCGACUGGGAAACAUGAUGCACCGCCAGGGGGCGCCACACCUCGGCCCUGGCUGCUACGUCAACCAUGAGUUUGGCACCAUAUAUCACGACUUGCAGAUGAGACCAGAGAGUAACAAAGGAUAUAUCGUCUCUGCGAGGACUGCAGCACGUUUUCCACCUUCUGGCAAGACUGUGACACCUUCACCUCAGCACUACCAGCAGGAUCACAGCCAGUCCACCAUCGUCCCACCUGGAAAAUCACCUUUCAACUCCACCACACAGAGAUUCAAACCCCCGGCAUGUGCAGCUGAGGCCAGUCCAGGGCCGGGAACCUACCAGCCGGACGCAGCGACAAACAGGAAGGUGAGCUGGCCGAUGUGCUUUGGGCGUCCGGACUGGUCCCGACUGCCGCCGCUGGAGAAGAAGUCCGUCAGAGUGAAGUUACACAGUGAGAAGGCUUUGCUGAAGCAGAGGAGCAGAGUGGCCUACCUGAGUUUGUACUUUUAA